AUGGGCAAGUACAUGAAGAAACCCAAAACCGGCGACGUCGCCGCCGUAAUCAUGGAAGCUCCGUCUCACACCACCGCCGUCGGAGUCCGGACAAGAGCUAAAACCCUAGCUCUCCAGAAGUCGCCGACUUCUUCUCCGCAACAUACGGACUCCUCUUCUUUCCUUCAGCUUCGGAGUCGGCGUCUCUGGAAGGUACCUCCGCCGCCGCAGCCUCGCAGGGAGAAUGACUCCGUUGGAAGUUUGAGGCUUCGAGAGUGUUCUAUUAAAACGUUUUCGUGUAUGCAUAGCGUUGAGAAUUUGGGAAAUGGAAAUUUCUGUGCUGAAGAGGAGAAUUUUGAUUUCACCAUGGAAGGUUCUUUUGGUGAAAAUUUCUUGGAGAUUGAAGGCUUAGAUAGAAGCACCAGGGAAAACACACCUUGUAGUUUAAUAAGGGAUUCAAGUGCCAUUCAUACCCCUGGUUCAACCACAAGACAAAGGACACACCGAAUAUUUCACGAACACAUUCAAAGAAAUAUUCCAACAGCUUAUGAAAUGGACGAGUUCUUUGCUUUCGCAGAGAAGCAGCAACAAGCAAUAUUCAUGGAAAAGUACAAUUUUGAUGUAGUGAAUGAUGUACCUCUACCAGGACGAUACGAAUGGGUCCCUGUACUUCACUAG